AGACCUUUUGUUUGCAUGUUGAAUUAAAAGAUCUGCAGCACACAUUAUUAUUAUUAUUAUUUUUUACUUAAAUGCUUAACCACACUGAAAGUAUUCCACUACAAUUAAGUGGAGUGCUGCAUUCAAAGCCAGGACAAGAGGUCCUGUUCUCCCUGCAGAUCAGAGAAGAGCAGUCGGAGGCAUCAGACUUAAGCAGGAAAUCGCUUCUGUUUUGACCUGGAAAUGGAUCAAGAGCAAAAGUAUUCAAAUACUUUAUAGGCUGAGAUGUAUCAGCACUAUGACAAAAAUAACUCAUUAUAAGUCCUGCAUAAGAAUUUAUGUGAAUUAAUUAUCAUAUCUGAUAUGAUAUGUAUAAAUAAUAAAAAGGGACAGAUGAUAUAUCUGUGAUAUUUGAUUAUAUAUUUGUGCACCAAAAAGUGAAACACAAUAGAAGGUGUCCAGUCAAUUCAAUAAUCAAUACCAAUAAGUAUGUAUCAGCAGAUAACCUGUACUUAAAUUAGUCAAUGACAUGUACUUUAACAUUAAUACUAUAACUACAUUUUGCUGCUAAUACUUCUGUACCUUUACUUUAGUUGUAUUUUUCAUGCUGGGCUUUCACUUUAAGUGUAGUAGCUUUACAUGCUACAGUGGUACUUUUACUUUGACUUUUACUUGAAUACUUCUUCGAUCGUCAAUUAAUUGUCCUCUUAGGAGUUCAUUCAUGUGUCUUUGUCUCUUGUCAGACAAAAACAACAGAGUAAAGUAAAGACAGUCAACAGCAAAUGUGGCACAUGUGAAUAAAACACUAAAUAAACUAUGAUUUUCUACUUUUACUCUUAUUCUGUAAAUAUACAAACUGUUCAUGAUAAUGCCUGUCCAUCCUUUUGUCCUGAAGUGCACUUCAGUGUGUUUUAGGCAUUGAUUGAUUUAUAUGAUAUGUAUUGAUCUGUUUAAAAGUAGAAGUUUUUGUGAUGUCAUCCAUUGGUUUGUGUUCAAGCUCCAGCCCAGCAUUGUAAGCCCUCUUGUGGCAAAAGUUAUUAACAACAUGUCCCAAGCUCUUGUCUUACAAUGAGGUAUGUCUCUGUCAGCGUGGAAGAAGAAGUCAGAUCUUCUACUGAAGUAAAGGUAAAGCAGUACAACAGUGUAGAAGUACUCUGUUACAAGUAAAAGUGCUGCAUUUAAAAUCUUACUCAAGCAGAAAUACAAAAAUAUUUGUGUGGGAAAAAAACCCCAAAAGUAAACUCAUGAUGCAGAAUGACUGAUUUCAGUUUAAUUUCAUUUAACAUAUAUUAUUGGACAAUUAUUAUGGAUGCAUUAAUGUGUCCAAGGUGGAGCUAACUUUAAUUAUUUUACAUAUUGCUGAGUGGCUUGUGAAUUUGUCCCUGAGGAUCAAUACCAUCUUCACUCAUAAUAAUACAUCAUAAUUUAGCUGUUGCUCUGAUCCGAUCUGAUCUUGGUGUUGGCUGAGGUGGGGAUUAUUCAUUAUUUUAUUAUAUUAAUAACUGGCGCUGAACUAAUGAUUAUUUGGUUGUUGUUAGUUUCUUUGGUUGUUUAAAACUUUGGGGAAAACUGUUGUAUUAGCUGUUGUAUUAGUUAACAGGCUAAUACAACCAAAUUGUUGUAUUAGCCUGCAUUAGUUUUACUUAUGUGAGCCUAAUAAACUGGCAACACACUGUGUAUAAAUGUAUAUAUAUGUAAGUGUUAUGUGAAUGAGGUACUUGUGCACUUGAGUUCCUUCAGUUCCAGAUUCUGUGAUAUCACAAUAGAACGUUCUAGAAUCUGUUCAAGAGGAACAGAACAGAACAGAACUCUACAGCCGUCUGCCGAGAAGCAGGCAUUUGAAAACACUGACGUAAGAGAAACAAUGAGAGGAGAAGAAGAAGGAGCUCCCACCACUUCAGGUUCUCACAGAAGUGAACUGGAGAAGAAGAUGAGUGACAUGUCAUCUGCGGUCUUAACUGAACUCCGGCGGGAGAGGAAGCUGUGUGAUGUGGUGAUCAAGGUGGGUGACGUUGAGUUCGAUGCCCACAAGAUCAUCCUCUGUAGCUGCAGCUUGUACUUUCGCACCCUCUUCACUGGUGCCUGGGCGACCUCGAAGAAGAAAAUCCACGCUAUCCCUGGAGUGUCGCCCGAGAUCAUGCAGCUCCUCAUCAAUUAUGCCUACACCAACUCUGUACCUGUGACAGAGGGUAACGUGGUGGAGAUGUUGGAAGCUGCAGACCAAUUCAUGAUCCCGGGAAUUGUUCAGAUCUGCUGCUUCUUCCUGGAGGACCAGCUGUGUCCGACCAACUGCAUCGGUAUCUGGAGGCUGGUCGAGUUCUACCACUGCCCUGAGCUGAGGUCCAAAGUCUUCCUCUACAUCCUGCACCACUUUGAGGAGAUAGCUCGUGUCUCACAGGAGCUCAUGGAGCUUUCUGUGCUGCAGCUGAUUGCUAUCAUUGAAGAUGAUCGCCUCAAUGUGAAACGAGAAGACACAGUGUUUGAGGUUGUCCUCAGCUGGAUUAAUCACCUGCUUGACCAAAGACAAUGCCACAUGCCUGUGCUGCUGCCUAAGGUGAGGUUGGGCUUGAUGACCAUUGCUUACCUCCAAAACAGCGUGAUGAACAAUGCCUUGAUAAGGGACUGCACCCAAUGCCACUUCAUCCUCAACGAUGCAUUGACGGCAUUUCUAAAUUUUAGGACCUAUAGACACUCAAGACAUGUUUGCAAUAACCCACUGGCCCGCCCACGCCUUCCUUCUGCCAUUUUAUUGGUCACCGGAGGCAAAGAUGGCAUCAUUGCUUCGACCAGCCUCGAGGCGUAUGAUCCCCGAGCCGACUGCUGGAUAACUGUGGCCACUGAGCGGAUUUGGCGCUCUCACCACGGUGCUGCUGUCCUCAACAACUCUGUGUACUUAGUCGGUGGCUGCAGUCAUGACCUUUACUUGAAUACAGUGGCAAAGUUUGACAUCGCCACCUGCACAUGGCACCAGGUGGCCCGCAUGAACUGCUGGCGCUGCUACGUCAGUGUCACUGUGCACAAUGGGUGCAUUUAUGCCAUGGGGGGCUACAAUGGACAUGUUUACCAUAACACAGUUGAGCGCUACAAGCCUGACACUGAUCAGUGGACCAUGAUGGCACCCAUGCAUGCGAGAAGGUGUGGGGCAAGUUCCACAACUCUAAAUGACAAGGUCUAUAUUUGUGGUGGCUUCAACGGGCAGCGCAGCAUCUCCACGGCUGAGUCCUAUAACCCGAACAGCAACCAGUGGACCAUGAUCGCCCCUAUGAGGUUCUGCCGAAGUGGCCUGGGGGUCGCUGCCUACAGAGGCCAUAUCUAUGCAGUUGGUGGCAUGAAUAAUAGGACCUUCCCCCUGGCCAGUGCUGAGGUCUACAACCCCCUGACCAACAUCUGGAGCACCGUAGCAUCCAUGUACAGCCCCCGCAGCUACUUUGGCAUUGAGGUGGUGGACAACCAGUUGUUUGUGGUUGGCGGAUAUGAUGGUGCUACCACUGUGUCAACUGUGGAGUACUUUGAUGCAGAGGCUGGUAUGUGGUUCAUUACUGUUGACAUUAAAAUGUCUCGCAGUGGUCUGAGCUGCUGCGUGCUCCAUGGACUCUACAGCAUGGCGGGGAGCUUGUUCCAGCGCGGCACCCUGUCACUCUCCAACAUGGAGGGAGCUGCCUGA